AUGAACUGGUAUUUGCCACGAUACCAUGUUAACAGCAUAUUUUAUCUUGCAGGCAUUGUGUCCAAGUCCUACGAGUGCCGACUGAAGGGGCAAGGAGCAACCUUUGUGGAAACGACGAGUCCUUUUACUGCAGCAGCACUGGGAGAGGUUUCUCCAGUUAAAGAGAAGGUCUUUCGGGGCAGCAGAAGACAGCCACAAUCACCUGAAGGAGUUCAGCAAGUUAUUAUUAUUCAAGGAUACGAUGGCGACUUUGCAAUCGAUGCCUCUGUAGAAGAAACAGCAGCAGCUACCCUUCAGACUCUAGCAAUGGCUGGUCAGAUGGCCAGGGUGGUCCAUAUUACAGAAGACGGGCAAGUCAUAGCUACAAAUCAAAACAGCUCGCACGUGAGUAGUGUGGUUCCAGGGCAGAUACUUACGGAGCAGUUAGCAGAUGGUGCAACACAGGUGGUAGUGGUUGAAGGAACAGGAGCUGAUAUGGAGGAGGCCGUUCGAAUGGACGCAGUUCCUGACUCCAGUAGCACUGUACUGCAGCAGAUAAUGCGACAAGAAGUUUUAGAUGCUUCUGAAGCUACGGUCCAUCCUCCAGACUCCUCCUCGGCACUGGAUGCCCUGCUUUGUGCUGUAACAGAGCUGGGUGAAGUGGAAAACAAAUCUGGACUCCUUGACAGAUGCAGGUCUGGUCACAAAGAUUUCUUGCAAAUGCCAAACCCAGAGACGCCCAGCGUUCCCAGUGAUGCAGAGGGACAAGAAAUACAAAUGUUCCAUGAAGUUCAAGAGACUCAGGAAGAUACCGAACCUAUGGAAGUAGUGACGCGGGUCAUGCACCCAUCGGCUAUAAUUGCAUCUCAGGAGAGAGCUCAGGCUGCCUUCAAGAAAAUGGUCCAAGGAGUAUUACAGUUUGCUGUAUGUGAUACGGCUGCAGCCGACCAGCUGAUGAAAGAAGGUGUCACUCAGGUCAUUGUAAAUGAGGAAGGGACUGUGCAUAUGGUAGCUAGAGAAGGCUCUCAGAUAAUUAUGCAGGAAGCCGGUAGCCACGCGUUCAGUGUCCAAAGCGAGCACAUGGAUUUAGUUGAGUCGGAUGGGGAAAUAUCAGAGAUUAUUGUCACCGAAGAAAUAGCUCAAGCCAUGGUUCAGGGUUCUGAUGACGACUUCUCUGAAGGUGCAACGCACUACAUCGUCACAGAAUUGCCACCAGACAUGCAGGAUGAGCCUGGUGUGUACUCGCAUGCUGUGAUAGAGGCAACUGGAUCUCAAGAGAUUUUGCAGGCUGGUACUGCUAUAAAAGCAGAAGCCAUGUCCCCUGAUAGCGCGGGAGAACAGUUAACAAGCAUGGUCAUUUAUACAGAGGGUGGCUCACAAGUAAUUCAAGGACAGAGAGAUGAUAACGAAGUACAAGAAGCAUGA